AUGUGGGCUUUUCUUGACGUGAAAUCCUCCGAUGGAUCGACACUGUUCUGGGGCUUGAUCUUGGGCGCAGCUGUCGCAUGGCCGCUCUUGUUGGCUGUCUAUCGCCUAUUUUUCAGCCCACUAGCAGCAAUUCCGGGGCCGAAACUCGCAGCUGCGACGGCCUGGUACGAAUUCUAUUGGGACUGUCCUAAGCAGGGGCAUUACAUGUUUAAAAUUGAGCAGAUGCAUCAGAAAUAUGGCCCUAUAGUCCGCAUCAACCCUUGGGAAGUACAUAUUAAAGACACCGCGUAUUGGGAUACACUUUACACAAACAACAAGCUUGACAAAGAUGCCUGGUACUAUAGAGCCUUUGGCGACAAUCUGGGAACCGUCGGCACAGGACCAUGGGAACUCCAUCGCCUGCGUCGUGGAGCCAUGGCGAGAUUUUUCUCGAAUGCCAACGUCUCACGACUCGAGCCAAAAGUUCUUGCGCGUGUGAAGAAGCUUUUGGAGCGUAUCGAAGAGCAUCGCAUAUCCAACAAGGUCAUCCCUAUCUCGCAUGCAUUUCGUUGCUAUGCGACUGAUGUUAUAUCGGAUUAUGCAGCUCCUCAUAGUAGAGAUUUCUUGAGCACUCCUGAUUUCUCAGCGGCAUUUAAUCAAGUGCUGCGAGACUUUUCCGAACUCAUGCUCUGGCAACGUCAUAUUCCGAUUGUGUUUCCGGUGCUAGGUGCAAUUCCUCGAUGGUUCAUAUCUUUAAUGGAUCCGUCAGGCGCUCAGAUUGCUGUACUGGAUAACCAGGCUGCUCUGUUGAACCAAGCAAAGACGGUCAUAGCGACCAAGGGGAUUCCGUCAGAAAAGGAGUCGCCAACGGUGCUAGACGCCAUUUAUCAAUCUGACCUUCUCGGACCAGAAGAUAAGACGCUACAUCGGAUGAUGGCAGAGACUCAAGCGAUACUCGGCGCUGGGACUGAAACCACAGGGAACACGCUUUCAACUUUAGUUUACCAUGUCCUCUCCAACCCAACGAUUCUUCAGAUACUAAAGGCAGAACUGAACGCAGCUGGUAAGGGCAAAGGGGACUCCGACUUGCUUGACUUCAAAAUCUUGGAUAAGCGGCCCUAUCUCCAAGCUUGCAUUAAAGAGGCACUUCGCCUCGCAGUUGGCGUGGUUGGCCGUCUUCCACGAGUCAAUCCUAUUGCACCUAUGUCAUACACAACACCAACGGGAAAAGCAUAUGUCUUCCCGCCGAAAACCGUCGUCUCUAUGUCUAUUCGCGACAUGCACACUGAUGACAAUAUUUUUCACAACCCUCAUUCAUUCUGGCCAGAACGAUGGAUUACCAGCAGCAUCGAUCAGCUGAAGCAGAUGGAGAAGGCGUAUGCACCUUUUGGCCGGGGAGUUCGAGCGUGUUUAGGCGUUGAGCUUGCGAAAGAAGAGCUCACUUUGAUGGCUGGAAACCUCUUUUAUCGGUUUGAUUUCGAUCUGUUCGAGACAACGGAGAGAGACAUUAGUAUCCUGCACGACUACUUUGCACCAUUCGGUCCCAAAGAGAGUGAAGGGGUACGGGUGACUGCACGGUAG